AGAGGGGGAGGGGUGUGCAGACAACAAAUGCAUUCGGUGGUUUGACGAUUUACUGUAACUGUUCUUGUUACUAUGCAAGCCCGUGUAGCGGCUUGUUUUGAGUAGUUAAAUAUGUUGCACUGUAUUUACGACACCCGUUACAACAGUGGUUAUUUAGUAUGGCAAAAAAAGUACAUUUAGCACAAUAAUCUGCAGUCUGGUUAUCUAACUUUUCAAAACCCACAGCUAACAUGCUAGCUCGAUAUUUAGUUAAGUUUGCGGAAGCGUCCACACCAGUUAGCUUCUAGCAGGACCAGCUGCACGAGGAUUCGCAAUGUUAUUAGUUAGCACGAGCGUCAGCAGGCUAGCAGCACCAACUAGUCAGCCGUGGUUGUUUUUCCUUGUGCCGAACGGCAAAUGGAAAAUCAGAGUUGUGCCUCUGUCGUGCUCCGUUUCAUAUUUGUGGAAAGCAAAGCCGACGGCUAAAAUUUAACUAACCAUAUAGCGCCGAACCUUUGCUAUAAAUGAUUUUGUUUGCGAGGAUGGCUAAGGUUAAGCAAACGUUAUUGUUAGCGGACGCUGGCUAACGUGUCCAUAACGGCAGGUAACGUUAACAGUAAUUAUAACAUCAGCAGCUAGCGUAUGCAUGGAUAGCUGCCAUUUAAAAUGACACCGAUACAUAUUAUCAAGUCAUUAAAAGUUGCAUUCCAUGUCAUAAAAUGAAAUACAAUUGUUGUGUCGCUGUAUUGCCAACUUUUGCAUGAACAAAUGAGCGAGGUUGGCCAGUUUAAUUGACGUUUCAUAUGACUUGAGCUAGCGAAGAUUAGCUGGUUAGCCCACAUCACCUCACCAAUGCACCACUACUAUUACUGCCAAUGAGGGUUUUAUGUGAAUAAUACGACAGCUGUCAACGUACAUGCUACUCACCGCUAUGGGGAAGCCGUCCCGACUUUAGCUUUUUGAGAUGACAUAGUAGCCCCACUACAGCUUAACAGUAGCGUCUUUGCUAUUUGUCUGUUUGCGACCAGUAGCUCACCAAGUUGAGAAUUCAUAGAUACCCCAUCAAAACACUAAAACUUAUUUCACAGGUUGCAGAGCAUGAGCACACCAUGAAGCGGCGCUUGGAGGAACAGGACACAACUGUUUUCGCGUCACAACAGCGUCGACUCCCUGGUAGCACUGAAGGAUUCCAACAUCGGGUCCUAGCCCCGGCAACAGCUCUGUACGAGGCGGUUUCAGACAACAUGCAACCGUCCUCUGGCAUGCAGUAUUCCGUCCCUCACGGGUAUCAGGUUCCAAUGGCCCAGAGCUCAGGCAGUCAUGGUCACACCAGCAGUCCAGCGGUGCACAGCGGGCCUCACCACCACACCCCUGCGGUCCAUCCUCAGGGGCCGGCCGUGGGCCCGGCACCCCACCAUCCCCCGGCCACCUCCACACCUGCCCAGGGCCAUCAGCAGUUCCAGAGACUCAAGGUCGAAGAUGCUCUGUCUUACCUGGAUCAGGUGAAGUUACAGUUUGGUAAUCAGCCUCAAGUCUACAACGACUUUCUUGAUAUCAUGAAGGAGUUCAAAUCUCAAAGCAUUGACACGCCGGGCGUGAUCAGCCGCGUGUCGCAGCUCUUCGAGGGCCACCCGGACCUCAUCAUGGGCUUCAACACCUUCCUGCCUCCCGGCUACAAGAUCGAGGUGCAGACCAACGACCUGGUCAACGUCACCACCCCGGGCCAGAUCCACCAUAUCACCCCGCACGGGAUAUCGGUGCAGAACAUCCUGCCCCCAGGCCAGCACCCGGCUCCGCCGCAGCCGCAGUCUCAGCCCCAGCCACAACAACAACAGCAGCAGCAGCAGCAGCAGCAGCCACAACAGCAACAACAACCGCCACAGCAGCAACCUCCACAGCCGCCGCAGCAGCAGCAGCCUGCGCCCACCACCACUGCUGCCACUGCUGCCACAGUCACUGGGCAGCCAGCUCCAGCCAAAAUAAGCAAGCCCAUGCAGUCUCCAGCUCUGACUCCAACCAGUCAGCCCAACCCGUCCAUCCCCUCCUAUGCAUCCCCGCGCUCCCCCUCGGUGCAGCCCCAUACGCCGGUCAGCAGCACGCCCGCAAGUGCCCCGCCCCUGCAGAACAACCAGCCCGUGGAGUUCAACCACGCCAUCAACUACGUCAAUAAGAUCAAGAACCGCUUCCAGGGGCAGCCCGACAUCUACAAGGCCUUCCUCGAGAUCCUGCACACCUAUCAGAAGGAGCAGCGCAAUGCGAAGGAGGCCGGGGGAAACUACACCCCAGCACUCACAGAGCAGGAAGUGUACGCCCAAGUGGCUCGUCUGUUCAAGAACCAGGAGGAUCUGCUCUCGGAGUUUGGCCAGUUCUUACCCGAUGCCAACAGCUCUGCACUGCUGAAGAGUACGGCUGAGAAGGUGGAUUCAGUGAGGAAUGAUCAUGGCGGCACAGUUAAGAGACCCCAGCUUAACAACAAGCAAAGGUUUAACCAGAACGGCUGUCCAAUUAGGAGGCAUGCUGGGCCCCCAUCCACUCCACCAGUUAAGAAGAAACCAAAGUAUUUUGGAAAAGACCACCAGUUAGCAGAGGCCAGCAAACUCGGUGGGGGAACUGAGUCCAUGUUCUUUGAAAAGGUGCGGAAAGCCCUGCGCAGCAAUGAGGCCUAUGAGAACUUCCUGCGUUGCCUGGUGCUCUUCAACCAGGAGGUCAUCGCUCGAGCAGAGCUCGUGCAGCUGGUGGUGCCCUUCCUGGGGAAAUUCCCGGAACUCUUCACCUGGUUCAAAAACUUCCUGGGCUACAAAGAGUCCACACACAUGGAGAGCUUUCCCAAGGAGCGUUCCACCGAGGGCAUCGCCAUGGAGAUAGACUAUGCUUCCUGCAAGCGCCUGGGCUCCAGUUACAGAGCACUGCCCAAGAGCUACCAGCAGCCCAAGUGCACGGGCAGGAGCCCACUCUGUAAAGAGGUGCUAAAUGACACCUGGGUGUCAUUCCCUUCCUGGUCUGAGGAUUCCACUUUUGUGAGCUCCAAGAAGACUCAGUAUGAAGAACAUAUAUACAGAUGCGAAGAUGAGCGAUUUGAGUUGGACGUGGUUCUGGAGACCAACCUGGCCACCAUCCGGGUGCUGGAGAGUGUGCAGAAGAAGCUGUCCCGCAUGUCGGCGGAGGAGCAGGCCAAGUUCCGUCUGGACAACACCAUGGGCGGCACCUCGGAGACCAUCCACCGCAAGGCCAUCCAGAGGAUAUAUGGGGACAAGGCGGCCGACAUCAUCGACGGCCUCAAGAGGAACCCCGCCAUCUCCGUCCCCAUCGUGCUCAAGAGGCUGAAGAUAAAAGAGGAGGAGUGGCGGGAAGCCCAGAGGGGCUUCAACAAGAUCUGGAGGGAACAGAAUGAGAAGUAUUACCUCAAGUCUCUCGACCACCAGGGCAUUAACUUCAAACAGAACGACACAAAGGUGUUCCGCUCCAAAACGCUGCUCAAUGAAAUCGAGACUUUGUACGAUGAGCGGCAGGAGCAGGCGUCGGAGGAGGGCGGUCCCAGCACGGCGCCCCCUAGCGGCCCCCACAUGUCGCUGCCGUACGAGGACGGCCACAUCCUGGAGGACGCGGCCGGCCUCAUCAUCCACCACGUCAAGCGGCAGGCCGGCAUCCAGAAGGACGACAAGCACAAGAUCAAGCAGGUCAUCUACCACUUCCUGCCCGACAUGCUGUUCGCACGCCGCGGCGAGCUCUCGGACGCCGAGGAGGAGGAAGAAGAGGAAGAGGAAGAGGAUGGCGAGGGGGGAGAGGAGGGGAGCGGCGGUGCCGGUGCCGGUGGCGCCACCAAGAGGCCGAACGGCACGGCUGCGUCGGGGUCGGGGUCGGGAGGCAGCGGCCAGCGCUCCAAACUGCUGUUCGGCAGCAGCAGCGCGGCGGCGCAGCGCGGCACGGGCAGCAACUGCGACGAGGCCUACAACCUGCUGUACGCCAACAACAACUGGUACGUCUUCCUGCGGCUGCACCAGAUCCUGUGCGCGCGCCUGCUGCGCAUCUACAGCCAGGCGGAGAGGCAGAUCGAGGAGGACACGCGCGAGAGGGCCUGGGAACGCGAGGUGCUGGGCCUGCGCAGGGAGAAGGGGGACAGCCCCGCCAUCCAGCUACGCCUCAAAGAGCCCAUGGAUAUUGAGGUGGAUGAGUACUACUCGGCCUUCCUGGAGAUGGUGCGUAACCUGCUGGACGGCAACAUGGAGGCGUCCCAGUACGAGGACUCGCUGCGGGAGAUGUUCACCAUCCACGCCUACAUCGCCUUCACCAUGGACAAGCUCAUACAGAGCAUCGUCAGGCAGCUGCAGCACAUAGUGAGCGACGAGAUCUGCGUGCAGGUGACAGAGCUGUACCUGAGCGAGUGCCCCAGCCGGGCCACCGGGGGGCCCCUGUCCUCCCAGAGCUCCCGCUCCCCCGCAGAGGCCGCCUACCAGCGCAAAGCCGAGCAGCUCAUGUCCGACGAGAACUGCUUCAAGUUGACCUUCCAGAAGAGCCGAGGGAGCAUUCAGCUGGCUGUGGAGCUCCUAGACACGGAGGAGGACAACUCGGACGAACCGGCAGAAGCAGAGCGCUGGUCGGACUAUGUGGACCGCUACCUGAUCUCCGACUCCACCUCCCCCGAGCUGCGUGAGCACCUUGCCCAGAAGCCCGUGUUCCUGCCCAGGAACCUGCGUCGGAUCCGCAAGUGCCAGCGGGGCCAGGAGAUGCAGGAGCGCGAGGCCAAGGAGGCGGCCAAGAAGGCCGGAGGAGCCGCGGGAGACGCCGCCGACCCCAUGAACCCCGAGUGCAUGUUCAAGCUCAACUCCUACAAGAUGGUCUACGUCUUCAAGUCAGAGGACUACAUGUACCGCCGCACUGCCUUGCUCCGGGCCCACCAGUCUCACGAGCGGGUGAGCGUGCGUCUGCACGCGCGCUUCCAGGCGUGGCUGGACAAGUGGCGGAAGGAGCAUGUGACGGCGGAGAUGUCGGCGGAGAACCGCAAGUGGCUGAUGGGAGAGGGGCGCGAGGGCCUGCUGCCCUGCAAGACCAGCCUGUGCCCCGAGGUGCUGCACUUCGUUCCCAUCAACAAGUAUCGCGUCAAGUACACCACACCGUGAGCCUCUGCCUGCCUGCCUGCCUGCCUGCCUCACACGACACAUCUGACACACACACACACACACACACACACACACACACACACCCCUACAUGCUGACACAAACCCAACAGAACAGAGGGGCAGUAUUUUUUAAAGAAACGAGAGGAAAAACAUGAACACAAAAAUGCAUUACAUACAGUACAUUCACACAUGUGCAGACACAGAAAAACUAAAUUUUAUGGAUGUGAAGUAUUAGAAGUUUUAUGAAUUCAAGUUACACCUUUAUUUCUGUAUUUUCAGUUUCUCUAUUUUUUUUACUUUGGAACUUCAAAAGGCAGACUUUUUUGGGGGGUGGGUUUUGGGGGGGGGUAAGGGCAGUCUUUUACCACCUUUUUUUUUGCUUUGUUUUGGAAAUCUCCCUAAAAACUUAAAACAAUUCAAUGAAAUGGGUCCACUGCACAGUGCUGGAGGGUUUGGCUUCUUGUAUUAUUAUAUUAUAUUAUUAUUAUUAUUACUUUGAUUGUGAUUGUGACGCUACACGAAUGCCGUGCGACAGUAAGCACCAGCUCCACCACAGGGGGGCGACGUUGACUCUUUGAGUGCACCUCAGCACUUCCUCAAAAAGGACACUUUUCUUCAUGAGAAACAUGAGUGACUCGCUCAACAACAACAACAAGGCAUACAUUUUUGUCCAUUACUACCGACUCAUGGUGUUACUGAGUGGCUUUACUUUUUCCUUUUACUUUUUCUCAUUUGUUUUUGUACAUAGUUCUUCUUGAAGGGGGGGAGAGAAAAAAGGAAAUGUAGAUUAGCAAUACUAUGUCUAAAGAAGAAAAGAAAGAAACAUGCGGUUCAUCCAAGCUACUAUGUUCAUGGCAACGAGAGGUCACAGGCCAGGUCUUUCCCUUAUUGUGUGUGUUUUUGUCGUCACAUCACCAAUGCUGAUGGGGUGAAUGAGCUAUAUGCACUGUGUUUCAUCGUGACAGCAUUUUUUUUGUUUUUGUUUCCAUGUGUAUGCGAGUGUGUGUGUGUGUGCAUAUGUGAGUAUGAGUGUAUGUGUGCGUGUUUGUCUGAUCAUGCAAUAGUCUCAGACUUGUGUGGAGCAACACGCAACGGAGGCUGUGAUUUGUGAACGAGACUCUUGACCGAAUCUCCUGCCACCCAUGUGCAGAUUGUCUUUAAGUUACUGUCAGUGUCCCACGCCAAUCAACCAGCGCAAACAUGCCAACUAAGAACAAAGUGGAUGGAUAUAGCUACAGGCUGCGUUACCCCCCCACCCCCCCAUGUAAAUAUCUUUGUACAUAGAACCACCUGUUUAUAUCAGCCUUUCAUUUCAAAAGUAGUAAACCCUAACUGACCCGACUGUGGAUAUCUUCAAGAUGUGGCUAAAGCUGGUAAAGUAUGUACAAUGAAAGAUCAUUUAUUACCAUUUUUACCAAAGGGAGAUUUGUUAUUUGUCUGGUCUUUUUUCCUUUUUUUCCUCUUUUACUGUAUCGUCACGUAAAUGUUCCUUUGAAAGCGUAGAGGAAAAAAAAGUCCAGCAUUUUUUAAAUGCAAGUUUUAUAGGAUGCCUUUUCAUUCAAUUUCUAAAAAAAAAAAAUCCUGUUUUUAUUCGAAGCACUGACACCACUAACAUUUUAAAUUCUUAGCGUCUUAUGGUGUAGAGCUAAGAGUGUCCCUCUGUACCCUCCAGAUAUAUAUAUAUAUAAAUAUAUGUGUAACAUGUUUAAAAAAGAAAAUUGAAAAAAGAAAAAAAAAGCAGGCUGACUGGCUCACUGUGGAGAAGGAGUGCUGCGAUGGAGAUGGAGGCAUGUCUCUUUAUGUGCAAAUGUAUUGCCCUUUCAUUCAUUUCAUUGUUGUUUAUUAAAUAAAGUGAAAUUGUAGUAGUUGA